AUGCCGGAUUGGCCACCGGCUCAAAGGGAACACGCGGACGUCCUGGUCCUGCUCCUCCCGACCAAGUUGAUGUGGCGCGGGGCGGCGGCCUCAGAGCCUGCGGUUACAAUCGAGAGCUCACGGCAUCAGGAAAUGAGUUCCAAUAUUGGUGUGACGAGUCCCUUGACUGAAGGAGGAGGAGAACGUCAAGGGAGGCAUGAGCCGGCGGUGGCAGCAUGA